AUGCCACCCCGUCGGCGGAAACCACCUCGCGCGGGCGCCCUGACUGAACUCCCUCCACUCAAAAUCAUUCGAUCCAUUCUACUCUUGCAACUCUUCUAUUAUGUCGCGGCUUUCGUUCUGAUCCUGUUCACGACUUUGGUUCUUGGCCAAAAGUUCUCGCUGGCACUGAUUUUCGAUUGGAACAGCGUUCGCGGCGACAAUACCAUCGGCUGGACCGUCGGCUUUCUCUGGGUCAUUGUUGGCUUCAUCACUGUCAUACCCAUCCUUCUUCUCGUCUCCCGAUCAAAGCUGGUCCCGGAUUUUGCCUUGACCAUUCAUCUCAUCCAUUUGAUCAUCACCUCCUUCUACACCAAAGCCAUCCCAACAAAUCUCUUGUGGUGGAGCCUUGAGGCUGCAAGUGCUGCGCUCAUGGUCAGCUUGGGUGUUUGGGCUUGUCGAUAUCGCGAAUUGCAGCCAAUAUCCUUUGGCACGAUUCCUCCCAAGAAGCCUGCAGUAGAUGGAAAUGAGUCUCAUGUGCGUGGUGGCCAGGGCGGUCGAGACGUUGACGCAGGUCCGAGUUACGAGAUGGUCAAUGUCCGAGGGGAUGAGAACGUUUGA